CCCUCCAGAACAGACAUGAGGACCCUCGCCCUGCUCCUUUGCCUUGCUCAACUCUUGGGUUGCCGCUCUGUCCCCGUUGGGACAGCUCUGGCUUACAGAGAACCCAACUGUGAUGACCCAGAAACAGAGCAAGCAGCCCUGGCGGCUGUGGACUAUAUCAACAACCGCGUGCUUCGAGGCUAUAAGCACACCUUGAACCAGAUUGACAAAGUCAGAGUGUGGCCUCGGCGGCCAAUGGGAGAGGUGUUUGAGCUUGAAAUAGACACGCUGGAAACCACCUGCCACGUCCUGGACCCCACCCCUCUGGCCAACUGUACCGUGAGGCAGCUGACGGAGCACGCCGUGGAAGGGGACUGCGAUUUACGGGUGCUGAAACAGGAUGGCCAGUUUUCCGUGUUGUUUGCAAAAUGCGAUUCCAGUCCAGACUCCGCCGAGGACGUGCGCAGGCUGUGCCCAGGCUGCCCCUUGCUGGCCCCGCUUAACGACACCAAGGUAGUGCACGCCGUGGACGUCGCGCUGACCGCCUUCAAUGCUCAGAGUAAUGGCUCCUAUUUUCAGCUUGUGGAAAUCUCCCGGGCUCAAUUUGUGCCUCUUCCACAGUCUACAUAUGUGGAGUUUGCCGUGGCUGCCACGGACUGUGCUGCUAAAGACGUCACGGAUCCAGCCAAGUGCAACCUGCUGGCAGAGAAGCAAAAUGGGUUCUGUAAGGCAACACUCACGGAGAAGGUUGGUGGGGAAGAUGUGGCUGUGACCUGCACCGUGUUCCAAACCCAGCCUUUGCCCCCACAGCCCCAACCAGGCGAUGCAGUGGCAGAUCCAGCGGUGCCUGCACCUUCCCCGGCCAACCUGCUGGCAGACCCCCUGCUGGUAGGACCCGUGGUGGUGGCACUUCCUGAGGCACCCCUGCCAGGGCACCGGGCACACUAUGACCUGCGACAUGCCUUCGCUGGUGUGGCCUCCGUGGAAUCUGCCUCAGGAGAAGCAUUCCACGUGGGGAAAGCGCCCAAGGUGGUGCAGCCGAACGUUGCUGUUGCUGCUGGUCCAUUGGUCCAUCCUUGCCCAGGGAGAAUCAGAUACUUCAAGGUCUAG